AUGCUGUACGUGGAUAAGUUUUUGCGGCUUUACCGAAGGCCGUUCGGUGCUCUGAGUGCCGUUUGUUGUACUUUGCUCGCCCUCAACGUCGUGCUUGGGAUGAUAACCUCCUGGUGGACGGUGGACACAGCGAUACACCCUUUGGAAUUUAUGGGGUCGUAUCUGGAGGGCAGCAAGGGGGUCUUCGAGCUGGUCAACGAGGUAUCUGCUUACCCAUUUGACAACCAACACAGGUCUUUUGUGCCCACUGUGUUGAACCUGCUGCUGCUGUUCCCCGCGUUGUCGAAUUUCGAGAGGAUCCAUGGCACGGUGCACACUUUCUUCUUCUUGAACGUGAUCACGGUCGCGUUCUUCGUCCCUUACUUUUCGCUGUGCGUCGUGUCCCCCUCCGACUUGCACAUCGGCGGGGUCACUUACUGGAUGCAGAUUCUGUGGGCGUACUUUCUUGCGAAGGAGAGUAAGCUCGGCGCCAAAAUUCGGUUCUUCAACACGCAAUUGAGGAUCCCGCUCGCGUGGUGUGUACCUCUACUCGUGCUCGUGCUCGAGUACAUCCUGCUCGAAAAGUUCGACUCUCUGGACACGAUGAUAUGUGUCAUCGUCGGAUUUCUCGUCGCAGCAUGCGAGAAACUCGUGAAAUUGCUCCUCCCACCAAGCUUCAUCAUCGCGAAAGUCGAGACCCUCCUGCUAGGAGAGGGCAAGAACAAAACCUCGCGUCUAGGCAUCAAGUACUACAAGGCCGCAAACGUCAAGAGGGACAAAAAGUACAAGUCCCUCUUCGCGGAACCGCCACUGCUGCCAAAGACAAAGAAGGCCAAGUUGAAGAGGGUAAGGAGGCAGCCCGCGCAGUCAACCUGA